AUGAAAAUAUGGAACAGAGCUGCAGUAGCUAAAUUAUGUUGGGAUUUAGCUAACAAAGACGACAAAUUGUGGAUCAAAUGGAUACAUGCAUAUUAUAUAAAGGGGCAGAGGGAAUGGAAUAUGAGCAACCAUGCAAGCUGGAUGGUAAAGAAAGUAAUGAAUGCAAAGGUAAUAGUUGAUCAAGUUCAGCAAGUUAAAAACAAAGGGAAAGGGGUACUCAGGCAUAUAUACUACCACAUGAAAGGAGUGCAACAAAGGCCAGCAUGGACAUGUCUUAUGUUAAGCAAUGCAGCUAGACCUAAAGCUUAUAUCACAAUGUGGAUUAUGAUGAAUCAAAUUCUAGCAACAGUUGACAGAUUAACUCAUUGGGGAAUUGUAGUAGAUAAGGUCUGUGUGCUAUGCAAGAAUACUGAAGAGAAUAUAGAGCAUUUGUUUUUACAAUGUCAGUUUGCUAGGAAGCUGUGGGAGAGAUUAUUAGAAUGGAUAGAUCAACAAGUUACUGUUCCAUUGUCAAUGGGAGCAGUUUCUGCAAUGGUGUACUCAACAUGGGAAGGGGAAGAGCUCAACAGCACAAAUGUUCAAGACAGUUUUGACUGA